UUUCACGGUCAUUGCUCUUCGAACUGAGCAAACAAAACUUCGGUCAUCUAAUCGAUCUUAUCCGUGAUCUUGUGUCCUUCACGUGACAAUGCGCGUCUGAUCCUUCGGCCAAGCAGACAUACAUAAAAGAUGGUUUCCUCUAUCGUUCAUGAGCUCGGCUGGUCUGAAGCCCACCUCGAAUACCUUCAUGUUUCAGAGGUACAACCCUUGAACACAUCGACACAUGCUGAUGAUGUGCAUCUCUGCUCGAGUCAGAGAUGGACGUGGCCAGGGCACUGACGAGCGCCGGCGCGACGCCCAUACGUAUAUAUAAACUGCAGGGAGUGUGCAUGACCAGGGUUGGCACAUCUCUCUACCUCCCAUAUCCUCUGCAAUGUCUACAGAAUGGCUGCUGGCACUCUUACCGCUCCUAGCGCUAGCUUAUAACUUCGACGCACUCCUGACCAGCUCUUUGUUCCUGCCACUGCGGCUGAUCUACUCGACAAUACAGCGGGUGUCCGAGAAUCCUCAAGCGGCGGAACUCUUCCGAUUCAUCUUUCUUGGAACCAUCGUUGAGGCGGGUAAGAAACUUGGCCAGCUGCUCAUCAGCUCUGGGUCGACGCUAUUCGUCGUCAACGCCGAGUUCCAGACGCAAGACUUUGCGUACGACUGGGUCGUGCACUACCUCGUGAGCCAGCGUGUCUUCAAGGAGAGUCGAUUCUUCCGAGUCGUUGCGCGUAAUGCGGCAACGCGCCCCGGCACUGAGUUGAUUGAUGGGGCGGAACUGGAGAGGAAUCAGAGCGAGAUCGACGGGCACCCAGAUGCGGUGUACGAGCCUGCUGCUGCGACGCCGAUAUUUUUUAGGUGGCGGGGGUAUUGGAUCUCAGUUAACAAAACUACGCCGGGAUACUAUCAUUACGACGAGGGGAGGGAGAAGAAGGACACACUGAUCAUCAGCAUCUGGAGCUGGGACCGGAAGAUAUUGGACCACUUCGUGAACACUGCACGUCAGUACUAUAUAGACUCGAAGGUCGUGCCCCGGAAGAUCGAUGUGGAAAACGAAUCGUCCCACACGCUAGUCACUGCGGUAUUUCCACAAGGCGAUGCCGCGUACGAUUGGAUGCUCGCUUAUCUCGUGCGUUGCAUUACCCAACCCUCCCUUCGCUCUGAACUAGUCACCCAGCGGUCCGAAAAUGCACUCUUACACGCAAAUACGUUGACUGUCAGCACCAAACAGAGUGAUCUGGGAUGGGGGACCGGCGCAGACGACCUAGUAUGCUACCUGCCAACAGAGGAAACAAAGCAGCAGUUCCUAUUCACCAGCCCGAGGACGGGUGUCCAGACCUGGCUGCAAGUCACAGUGAACCCCGGGAUCACCAGCUGGAACUCGGACUUGCCCACCGGGGGCAGCGUCACUGUCACCCUGCAUUCCUGCAACAGAGACAUCCUGUCUGAUCUCAUACAUGCAGUGCGAACCAAGUACCUCGAGAACGGUACCUCAAAAGUAUCGGUGCAUCUCGCUGACAAUCACGGCCAAUGGGCGAAAACAAUCACCAAAUCUCGACGUGCGCUCUCGACACUGAUACUCCCGGGAGAGAUCAAGGAGCAGAUCAUCGCCGACGCACGCGAGUUCCUGGACAGCGAGGGGUGGUAUGCGGAAGCUGGAGUGCCAUACCGGCGGGGAUACCUUCUCUAUGGGGAGCCCGGAACGGGGAAGAGUUCAACGAUUCAUGCAUUGGCCGGAGAGCUGGGUCUCGAGAUAUACUUUGUCUCGCUCGCGAAUCCCGGGAUCGACGAUUACACGUUGUCCAAGCUAAUCAGUGAUACACCGGCUAGAUGCAUCAUCUUGCUCGAGGACAUUGACUGUGCUUUUCCUUCCAGGGAUGAAGCUGACGAUGAAGAGGAUGAUAAUCCCUCGGUCAGGAAGGACGGAAAACAGGUUCCACGUCCUCUCCCGCCCCCAAAAUCGCAGGUCACGCUUUCCGGAUUGCUGAAUGUCCUCGAUUCGGUGUCUAGCACAGAUGGUAGACUCACUGUUGCAACUACGAACCACAUCGAGAACCUAGACUCCGCACUGAUCCGAGCGGGGCGCAUGGACAUGAAGAUCCAGUACACGUUCGCCGACACACCGCAGAUCGAGCAGGUCUUUGCCCGCUUUUUCCCGCACUCGGCAGACCUCGCGCGAGCCUUCGCCGAGCAAAUCCCUCCGCACAAGUUCUCUGUCGCGCAGAUCCAGGGAUACUUGCUCACAAAGAAGCGCGAUGCGGAGAGCGCCGUGCUUGGGGCCGGGAAGUGGAUAGAAGAGAUCGAGGACGAGAAAAGAGCCGUGAAAGAGCUCAAGGCCAAAAGGAGGGCGGAAAGGAAAAAGAAAGCAGCGGAGGAAACGUCUGAUAUUGAAAAGAGUGAUGAAUCGGUUGUGAAGACAACUGGAAAAUCGGAUUUUCCAAAUGCACAGUAGUUCUUGCUUACAUGUGAAAGAUUUCCAGUUUCAAUUUGGAAAUUGCACCCCAGCCUUCGGUCCACUGAAGCGCCGGAAACUCCGAGAUUCCUAGUUCAGUAUCGAAUCAGAACGCGAAGAGAUGUACACAAGCAGCAUACGAGGAUGUUUCUCGCAUCGGGAAUCUAG